GAGAGAGAGAGAGAGAGAGAUUGGCAAGAGGAUAGAAGGAAUCCUUCACAUGGUCGGAGGAGCUGGGGAAACCAGCUACGCCUCCAAUUCUAAGUUUCAGGUAGUGUUGAACACCCCAACUGUUUGCAUGAACUUAAACAACUUACACUUGCGUAGGCGUCAGCAUAUCUUUUCACUGGUUUGCUAACUGCGUCCCAGGAGAAGGUACUUCACAUGGCGAAGCCAAUACUGGAGGAGGCAAUAGGAGGGGUUUACAUGUCGCUGCUCCCCGAGAGGAUGGCGGUGGUCGACUUAGGUUGUUCCUCGGGCCCUAACACUUUGGAGGUGGUCUCCGAGGUGCUCGACGUGAUUGGCAAGCUACGGCGGAGCCUGGGACGCCAGGAGAUGCCGGAGAUCCUGUUCUUCUUGAAUGACCUCCCGGGGAAUGACUUCAAUCACGUCUUCCGGUCUCUGGGAGAUUACAAGAGGAAGGUCGAGGAGGAGAAGGGGAAGCUGCUGGUGCCAUACUACGUCGUGGGAGUUCCAGGUUCCUUCUACGGCAGGCUUUUCCCUUGUCAAAGUGUCCACUUCUUCAACGCUUCCUGUUGUCUCAACUGGCUCUCUCAGGUUGCCUUCCUCUUAAUAAAUGACAAUUGCUACACUAUUAUUAUCUGAAUUCUACUUGUUUUCUUUGUUUUUUUUCAUUAUUUACUUUCUUAAAGCGGCCAUGAUUGGUACGGUUAAUUAACUACCAAUAACUAAACAAAUUCUCUGAAAUGCUCGCUCACUUCAUCAGCAUGGUUAACCUCAUAAAGAAAAGGAAGACUGCUUGAAACAUCACACAAAACCUAUGUUACUUUUGUUUGCUAAGGCAAACUUACUUUUAAUUCUGAAAAUAUCAGGUUCCUGAAGGUGAACAGGGAGUUCCACUCAACAAUAAGAACAUCUAUGUUGCAGAGACAAGCCCACUGGAAGUUGUUAAAGCAUAUCAAGACCAACACCAAAGAGACUUGUCAGGGUUCCUUAGGUGCCGUCAUGCAGAACUAAGCUACGGAGCAAGAAUGGUAUUGUCAUUUCUAGGAAGGAAAGGGAGUUAUCCACCCUCGGGAGAUGUGGGAUACUUUUACGGCCUGUUAGCCGAAGCCCUGAGUGCUUUGGUAUCACAGGGAAUCAUAGAGGAGGACAAACUGGUGACCUUCAAUUUGCCGUAUUAUGCACCUUCCAUGGAAGAAGUAAAGGCAGUGAUCCAUAGGGAAGACCUGUUUGAUUUAGAACAAGCACAGAUCUUUGAGGCUAAUUGGGACCCGUUUGAUGACUCGGAUGAUGAUUCCGCUGCAUUCGACAGUAUAGCAAGCGGAAAGAACGUCGCAGGAUAUGUGAGAGCAGCGUUUCAACCCUUGAUUGAAGAGCAUUUCGGGGAUGCCAUACUGGAUGAGUUAUUCUCUAUAUAUGCAGCCAAUGUCUCCAGGCAUCUCCUUCAACAGAAAAGUAAGCACUACCUAUUUGUCAUUUCCUUGAAGAAGAAGAAGAAGAAGGAGGAGGAGGAGGCUGACGGCGAUGGUGCUGCGGCUUGGUGAACCUGCAAUGCCAUGGGAGCAACAUUUGUCAUUUAAUUACUCUUUAUCAGCAUGUGUUCAACUCUUUCCAAUAGACGUUAUAAUUGAACUCAUGUAAAUCCAUAAUAUUCUUCGUGAGAUAGACUGCAUUAUUAUUAUCUGAAAAUAAAAUAAAAUCGUGUGACUAUCUUUAAACGUUCA